AGGUUCACCAUCAGCACCCUGAUCAGCACCGAGGACAGAGGCAGGCCUCAUUAUGGCCAGGCGGACACGGUUGCCUACGAUGCUGCCCAAGCCAGCCACCUCACCCACAACAACACUUUCUACAUGCGGACCUUUGGCUACAACACCAUCGAAGUUGUCCCCACUUACGAAAACUAUGCCAACACAAAAGUCUCCGGUGAAGCCAAGAAGACCAGACCUACCUUGUCCGAUCUACACUCAUUCCUCAAGCAAGAAAGUAGCCAUCUCCACCCGCCAGCGUAUGAGCUCCACAGGGAUAUCAUAUUUUCCGAAGAAGGAACCGAGGAGGAGGCUGGUGAGGGGGAUGCAAAGCCUCAGGAGGAACCUGUCCGUUUUGGGUGGGUUAAGGGGGUGAUGAUCCGUUGCAUGCUUAAUAUCUGGGGUGUGAUUCUGUACCUGCGGCUGCCUUGGAUCACUGCGCAAGCUGGAAUAGCACUGACUUGGGUGAUCAUCCUGCUUUCUGUGACAGUGACCACCGUCACAGGGCUGUCAAUCUCAGCCAUCUCCACCAAUGGCAAAGUUAAAUCAGGUGGGACUUACUUCCUUAUUUCACGAAGCCUUGGGCCUGAGCUGGGAGGCUCCAUUGGCCUCAUCUUUGCCUUUGCCAACGCGGUGGCUGUGGCCAUGCACACGGUGGGCUUUGCAGAGACUGUGCGUGACCUGAUGCAGGAGCACCACUCAACCAUGGUUGAUCCCACAAAUGACAUUCGCAUCAUUGGGGUCAUCACAGUGACCGUAUUGCUUGGCAUUUCUUUGGCUGGGAUGGAGUGGGAAGCCAAGGCACAGGUUCUUUUCUUCUUUGUCAUCAUGAUCUCCUUUGUAAACUACCUUGUGGGAACCAUCAUUCCAGCCAGUGAGGAGAAACAAGCCAAAGGAUUCUUCAGUUACAGGGCGGACAUCUUUGCGCAGAACUUUGUGCCAAACUGGCGCGGGCCUGAUGGCAGUUUCUUUGGUUUGUUUUCCAUCUUUUUCCCAUCAGCCACUGGCAUCUUGGCAGGAGCCAACAUUUCAGGUGAUUUGAAGGAUCCUGCCGUGGCAAUUCCUAAAGGGACCCUCAUGGCUAUUUUCUGGACGACUGUGUCAUAUCUGGUUAUAUCUGCAACUAUUGGGGCGUGUGUGGUCCGGGAUGCCUCUGGAAAUGUGAAUGACACCGUCUCUGUUGGCUCUGUGGGCUGUGAAGGGAUCGCUUGCAACUUGGGCUGGAACUUCACGGAGUGUGCUCAGAGCCACACCUGUAACUUUGGGCUUAUCAAUUUCUACCAGAGCAUGAGCAUGGUAUCUGGCUUUGCACCACUAAUCACAGCUGGGAUCUUUGGGGCCACCCUCUCCUCCGCUCUGGCCUGCCUUGUGUCAGCCCCCAAAGUCUUCCAGUGCCUUUGUAAGGACCAGCUCUACCCCGUCAUUGGCUUUUUUGGGAAGGGUUAUGGAAAAAACAACGAACCUAUCAGGGGUUACAUGCUGACGUACGUCAUUGCGAUUUGCUUCAUUCUUAUUGCUGAACUGAAUGCCAUUGCCCCCAUCAUCUCCAAUUUCUUCUUGUGCUCCUAUGCACUCAUUAACUUCAGCUGCUUCCACGCGUCCAUUACCAACUCCCCAGGUUGGAGGCCCUCCUUCAAUUAUUACAGCAAGUGGGUGGCUCUCUUUGGAGCCAUCGUGUCCGUGGUCAUCAUGUUCCUGCUGACCUGGUGGGCUGCCCUCAUCGCCAUUGGAAUUGUGGUCUUCCUGCUCGGAUAUGUUCUCUAUAAGAAGCCAGGGGUGAACUGGGGCUCAUCUGUGCAAGCCGGUUCCUACAACAUGGCCCUGAACUAUUCUGUGGGACUCAACGAGGUGGAUGACCACAUUAAGAAUUAUAGACCUCAAUGCCUGGUGCUGACUGGCCCUCCCAAUUUCCGCCCAGCCCUGGUGGACUUUGUGGGCACUUUCACCAAAAACUUGAGCCUGAUGAUUUGUGGGAAUGUGUUGAUCGGGCCAGGCAAACAGAUGAUGUCCGAGUUCCGUCUUGCCUCCAGAGGCCACGUCAAGUGGCUGACCAAGCGCAAAAUCAGGUCUUUCUAUACUGAUGUCUUAGCUGAGGACCUGAGAACUGGAGUUCAGAUUCUUAUGCAGGCUUCCGGUCUUGGGAGAAUGAAGCCCAAUGUCCUUGUGAUUGGUUACAAGAAGAAUUGGCAGGCUGCCCAUCCACAGACGGUGGAAGAAUACAUUGGGAUCCUGCAUGAUGCUUUUGACUUCAAGUAUGGUGUGUGCAUGAUGCGGAUGAAGGAGGGGCUCAACAUCUCCAGGCUUGUGCAGUCUCACAUUAACCCUGUGUUUGACCCAGCAGAAGAUCCACAGAAGAACGGUGAAGAGCCUCCUGUGAUAAGUACAUUGGACCCUGAUGCCUUGGUAGCAGAACAGCAAGCAAGCACUGCCUUCCAGAUAGAGCAGGGCAAGAAAACCAUUGACAUCUACUGGCUCUUCGAUGAUGGAGGCCUGACACUCCUCAUCCCUUACCUCCUUGGGCGCAAGAAGAGGUGGGGGAAGUGCAAGAUCCGGGUGUUUGUCGGAGGGCAGAUCAACAGGAUGGAUGAAGAGCGCAAGGCGAUCAUCUCCUUGUUAAGCAAGUUCCGACUUGGGUUUCACGAGGUCCAUAUUCUUCCCGACAUCAACCAGAAACCCCAACCUGAACAUGUGAAGAGAUUUGAUGACUUAAUCGCCCCAUUCAGACUGAACGAUGGCUUCAAAGAUGAGGCGAUGGUGAAUGAGAUGAGGCACGGCUGCCCAUGGAAGAUUUCCGAUGAGGAAGUCACGAAAAAUAAAGCUAAGUCACUUCGACAAGUAAGGAUGAACGAAAUCUUGCUGGAUUACUCGCGAGAUGCAGCCCUCAUCUUCAUAACCCUGCCAAUAGGCCGAAAGGGAAGAUGUCCCAGCAGCCUCUAUAUGGCUUGGCUGGAAACCCUCUCGCAGGACCUGAGACCCCCCGUCAUCCUGACCAGGGGCAACCAGGAGAAUGUCUUGACCUUUUAUUGCCAGUGA